AUGAACUGGGUUGGUGGCUCUCGUAAAAGAAUCAUGCUUACCAAGGAGAGAAGAAAGCAGAAGGACUUUUUUGAGAAGGAAAAGCUUAAGUCAAAGAUGAAGCUGUUGGGAGUUUCUCCCAUUAAAAGCUCAGCUGUCAGCUUAGAUCUCCUCAAUCUGUAUGUUGUUAAUCAGAUAUCUACCAAGAGAGAUUAUUCUGAAAAUAUUCGAAAACCAAUUCAUGUGGAUAUUAACAGAGGAAUAAAUUUCCCACUGAGAAGGCACAAUGUAGAACUUCCUGAGUCACCACCACAUAGACUAUCCAAACCAUUCCUGGAUGACAUCCAACACAGGAUACAACAAGAAGUAUUAGAAAAUAGAAGAAUAUAUCUCUCAGAAAAGCAGAACAUUCAGUCUCAAUUCCUACAAUCUUCUCAACAAGCAAAAAUGAAGUGUGAAGAGCCUUGGCUUUCUAAUGCAGCCUAUAGGCAAAGGAAUUUUAGCAAUCCAGAUGUAGAUACACCAGCUGGUCUAUAUUUCCGGAAAUUGAAUAGUCCAGAAUAUAAUAACCCAUUUGGCAAGUCUCCCAAGAUCAGUGAUGAAGACACAGAUUUUGGAAACCGUCCCAGUGAAGAGCCAUUGUUUGGUUUUGUGAAUAACACAUUAAAGGCUACGAAAGAUGAAAGCUCUCAGCCUACCGCAGCUUUAUUUGGAGAGGAGAAUCAACAGUUUCCAUUUGUUUCUUCUUCGGAAUCUUAUCAUUCUUUUGCUAACAAUAACAUUAUCAACCAGCUCUUUAUAGAUUUAGGUGAUGCAAAUAAAAUAUCCAAUAUGCAUAGCCCCUAUGAUAUGGAAGAAAUGCACCAGAUGUCGAGUUGUGCUCAAAGAUACCCUGCUGAGCGAGACCUCAAAGGCAUUUUCACAGCUCCAGAACAGAUUUGCUUCCCAAGCAGCCAAAGCUUAAAUGCAAGUAACCAAGAGUGCAUUAAUCAGUUAAAAGAUUAUUGUAUUCAAGAAAGAAAUCCUAUAAUAAUUUCUGAACAUCAAGAGAAUACUAAAGACUUUGAAAAUACAGGGGAGGUUGAAAAGCUAAAGAGAAAUAUUAAGGUUGCAGACACCAGACAGAAUUGCUUAAAGAAAGGCAGGAUUGGUGGAUUGGCAGUACCAAAUCUGAAUAACUUGCAGAUACUUGGACUUGAAGAGCGACAGCCAGGCAAACAACAACGCCCACCCGAGCAGCAACAGCAGCAGCAGCCGCCCACACAAACGGUGGCGGCACAGAGGCAAGGCGCCCCGGUGGCGGCAACGGCAGCGCCCACGUCCCAGCCACGCAGCAACGGCCCGACCUGGCCCGCCACGCCACGGCAGCCGGCCGCGCCUGCGGCCGCACCCAGACUGACAACAGCGGCGGGAGCCCAAAUCCGAGACCACGGCGCCACAGUGGCCGAGACUGCAAACGAUGAAGCCGCACCAAGCACAGGCAGCGGGAGCAACGCCGGUCCAGCCCAGCCCAGCCCGAACACGGCGACAGCAGGCAGCAUCGACAAACCGCGACAAACCGUGCCGGCAGCCCACAGACAACCUGGGUUUGUGCAUUUCAUCUCAAGGUACAUCCCAGGGGUUGACUGCUUAGAGGCUGGCUUUCUACAAACAGCAAUUAGCUGCAGCAAUGAAGCAGAACCCAUACCAUCUGCAGCUUCAGCUGAAAAGGUAAAGGCUUUCCUGGCCGAUCCCUCUGCUUUUGUGGCCGCUGCCCCUGCAGCAGUUGAGUCUGUUGCUCCUGCUGCAGCCGCCCCAGCCAAGGAGGAAGCCAAGGAAGAAUCGGAAGAAGGGAGGGAGAGGUGCUGGAGCUUAAAUAAGUCCAGCUGGCCCCUUCUCUUUAUGCACUUGCUUGAGUGCUGUGCUGUUCAGCUCUCUUUGUGGCAGGAACUGGCUAUGACAGCUGGAAGGAAGGGGAGGGAGAAGCAGCUGCAUGCACAUGUAGUGCAGACAGAAAAAGAAACCUGUCAGUACUAUGAUCAACAUUCAAAGUGUGGAAGACAAAAAGAUGAAGAAUCUCAACUAAGCAGCCAGUCACCCAAUUAUUCUCCAAAGGAAAUAGAUAGACAUGCCAGUACUACAUCUGAUCAGUCUGAAGAGGAAGAACAAGAUGGAAGAGCAUCAUGUUGUUUUGAGAACUGUUUUCCAAGAAGAGAUGGCAAUCUACUUUCAGUUUCAGGAAAUCAAAGGUCACAGGGCAAUUGCAAGUCAAUGGCCAUGUAUUCCAUUUUCUUUGAGAAGGAAACAACUGACAUUCAUCCCUGUGUAAAGCCAGCCACAGAUCUAAAAAAAUCUAGAACACAUGAAUCAUUUGGAAAUAAAUACACUAAUUUCAAGACACAGCUUGAUGCUUGGUCUCAAACAGAGAUAUGUGCUAAAGAAAUAGAUAAAUCUGAUGCAGCCGUGCAGUGUGAUAUAAUGCAGGCUUGCAGCUGUAAUAAUGAGCUGUCCUUUGUCCAUAGUGCUGAAAUUGUCACUUCAACCAGCAAGGUAGAAACCACUGGAGGGCAGAACAUUCUUGCAGAUACAGCAGCACUUCAGCCUUUAAAUAGUCGCAGUUCCUUGUUCACUAAGAGUUUGUCUCCUGAAACAGAAUACCUCACAGUAUAUGGCAAAAUAAACCUAGGCAUUCCAGACAUAGCAGUGAAAUGAAUAAAGGGGGGACAUGACAAAAUAAAGAAGCCAAGUCAGUCUAUGCAUUUGUUGGCAGUGUAAUAAAUAUGACAGUUAUGACUUGCUCCUUUUAUCACACACACACAUGUAUAUGUGCAGCACAUAGGCUUAGUCAUACGUAAACCCCUUUAUCACAGUAAUAGUUAUAUGUAAAUAAUGACAGUGAUUGUGUAACAAAAAUCAGAAUUAUUUAUAUGUUUAAAACAGGAGGUGGAAAUUGCAGAGACACAGGAAUGUCACAGAUUGUAAUCAGUUUAAGUCUGGUUACAUCUGUUAGAUUGUGGUUGUUAACUUGAGUGAGUUUAUGUUAUGUUGGAUAGUGGCUGCUUUGGUAUAGCUGUUCUGUCCCCCCAUCUUCUCAAACGAAAUAUUUUUUUCUGUAGUAUACACUACUGAUAACAUAUUGUGGUAAAAGAAAUGUGUGUUUUCACCCUCUCCUUUUUUUCGUAAAGCCAAUGGAGAUGCACACAAUGGCCCAAUUCAGAGUGAAUAGGUCACUGCGACAAAUCAGUUUGUUGGCAGAUGAACAAGCUUGAAUAUGCCAUCCUCUGCCCCGUCCCUCCUAUUCUCCACUUGUGGAUUCAGCUGUAGAAGAAACAUCCUGGUUUCUUAAACCACAUUUGCCUGUGAUCUUUAAAUUGGAGAACUGUAGUUUAAGCACCGUCUACAACCAGAAGUGGUUUGAAAUCCUGGUUUGGAGACAACACUUCAACCGGUUUCUUGGUUUACAUGCAAAAACUGUGAUUUAUAAGACUAGGAAGUCUCCUUUACAGCUGACUGUACGAGAGGAAGAGGGAGGAAACACAGCAUCAUAAGACAUUCUGAAGAUUGUUGCUUUUCAUGCGCCAAGAGACUGAUCUGUUGAAGAGGCCCUUUACAUAUGAAUAGAAUUAUGGUGAAAGGGGCUAUACAGAAGAACUCAUUUCCACCUUCAUUGCCAACACACAAUACUCUUCACAGUAUCUGUGUUAAAAUUUGUUGAACAGGAAUAUAGCAGUUCAUUGUGCAAUCAGUACUAGAUGACAGAAAAAAGUUACUGCCAUGAUAUAAACAUUAUGAAGGGUGGUAUAUAAAAUACAUAUAACAAUC